CGCAGCUUCGGCUGCGGCGUGUGCGGGCGCGCCUUCGGGCGGCGCGAGACGCUGCGGCGGCACGAGCGCAUCCACACGGGCGAGAAGCCGCACGAGUGCGGCGUGUGCGGCAAGCGCUUCCGCGAGUCCUUCCACCUGCGCAAGCACCGCGUGGUGCACACCCGCGAGCGGCCCUACCGCUGCGAGCUGUGCGGCAAGGCCUUCGGCUACCCGCAGAGCCUCACGCGGCACCGCC